GGAAAUUGGAUUGAACAAUUGAAGAAAGUUGUCGUUUCUUUUACAGCACCUUCACCUUCACGCAGAAAACCGCAUCUUCUAAAAGAAGGGCAAAUGUUGCUGGAUAAGUUCAGAGUUGAAGGCCUAUUAGCGGAUGGGGGUUUCGCUCAAAUUUAUGCGGCUGUUCACGAGGAAUCCCAGACGCGAUGGGCCGUGAAAAUUGAAUCGGAGAAGUGCGACCGUAAACGCAUGAAACUGGAGAUUAUGGUACUAAUGCUGCUCCGAGGAAAGGCAAAUAUACCGGAAAUCAUGGCAAUGGGUACAUGUCCUACGGGUCAUUUCAUCAUUUUGGAGUUGGUGGGGAGAAAUCUUAGCGACCUUCGUCGCCAGUUACCGCAACGAAAGCUUUCACCUGGUUCGCUCUACAGAGCUAUGCUACAGGUAACUCACGCGCUCUCCCUCGUUCACGCUAUCGGCUUCCUCCAUCGUGAUCUGAAGCCGUCAAACUGUUGCGUGGGCGUUGAUGACCUAACAAGGAUCUAUCUGCUCGAUUACGGUCUCACUCGGCAAUACGUCAACGCUAUGGGUCAGAUUCGAAAGCCUCGUGAGAGUAUCGGAAUGCGUGGAACGCUACGUUACGUUAGCCUUCAAGCCCAUGACAGACGUGAUCUCGGACCAAGUCAUGACCUCGUGGCUCUCCUGUACUCCAUAAUCGAACUCGGAGACGGAUCCCUACCGUGGAGUAAAAUGAGAGAGGAGACGGCCAUCAGAGCCAGUAAACAGGAAACAACCAUCGACAAGCUGUGUGAGAAACAACCAAAAAUGCUCAAAAUGGCAGAGUAUAUCCUUUCGAUGAAAUACGAAACCAUGCCAGACUAUGACAAGCUAACAAAAAUGCUGGAAAGCUGUAUUCCGCCUGAAGUAAAAGCCAACGAUCCAUACGACUGGCAGACAACACCAAUCACGCCUGGAAAGUGUGAAUCCCGCAUUCGGAUGGUCCGUUAA